ACUGGGAAUCAGUUGCGAGGCAGAAGCGCGCGAGUUAAGAACGCCGAGCGGAGCAACCUGACCUGAAGAACUAAGAUCGACCAAGAGAGAUGGCCUGGAAGACUUUUACGCUAUUAGCGCUCCUAUUGGCAGCCACUUUGGCCAAUCCCUUGAGUUCCACAACGGAGCUAUCUUCCCCACCAGCUUCUACUUCGGAGCUGACCCAGAUCAUUAAGGAGGAACACUUCCCGGCCAUGGCUCCGCCCCAGGCAAUUGAAUCCAGUGGAUCCAGUGGCCAACCCAUUUUACUUCAACCUCCUCUAGUCUCCUCCACCGGAGAUGAUGAUGCUUUGCGUCGGCGGACUGUAACCUACGAUCAGCGACAGGAAGGGCAGUAUAACAUACGUGCGGAUCUCGAGAACUUUAUGAUCCUGCUGAUCCCGCCCGGACCGCAGGAGGGAAUCAGCCUACUGGAGCUGUUGGGCCGCGGAAACACUAAGGGCCCAGGAGCCCUCAAGCGUAAGAAUCCGUUGAGGAGCAACUCCCUGAAGUCCUUCUACCAGAAGAGCCAGCUCCAGAAGUUGCAGCAGCAACAGCACCACCAUCAUCAAUCCUCGCCAGCGGUGGCCCUGCCUGAAUUCAUUGAGGGACGCUCGCCCUAUCAUGUGGACAUCUCGGCCAGCGAUCCCGAGCAGGCACAACGUCUGCAGCGCCAGCAGGUGGACGUGCUGCCUCCGCAAUUGAUACCCAUGCCGCAGCUGAUUAAACCCUAUCAUUUGGAGGCGGAACCGGAGCUGAUUCAGGCCCUGCCCCCUGUUUCCGCUAGCAGCAGCAGUGGCUCUAAUCUCCUCGAGAGCUACAACCAUCCGGGAUCGCAAUACUUUCGCAGUUCCCGAUCCCUGAGGGGCGAUAGCUACCUGGAUACCAAUCGUCUGACUGGCGGUGACUUUGCAAGUCCGCGCUCCAUCAGUGCUCCCAUUUACCGCAGCGAUCUUGGAGGCGGAGCCAAUGGUCUCUAUCCCCCAAUAGAUGCCCCCACCUACUUCUCAGACCAAUCUCGCUCUUGGCAGCUGGACGAGGAGCCCACCAGGGCACAAGCGCUGGAGCCGGAGAUCGUUAGCUUCGACCUGUUGGCCGAUGACGACCUGGCCGAGUCCCGGACCCUCCUCCGGGACGGAUUGGCCCGCUGUGCCCGCGGAGAGCGGCGGGACAGCUACGGAGCCUGUCGCCAGAUCGAGGGCUACUGAGGAGGAGUGAGAACCGCCAGACUGCCAGCCUAAAUGUUAGUUUCAUACUUUGCACACUCUAGAAUUAAGUCGACGAAAACGUCUUACCAAUAAAUACAAAAACUUAA